AUGGCAACGCCAACAAUAAGAACCGUUGAUCUCCGGUCAGACACGGUGACUAAGCCAACUGAGUCAAUGCGUUCAGCGAUGGCAAACGCGGAAGUAGACGACGACGUUUUGGGGAACGAUCCAACUGCCGUGCGUUUGGAGAGAGAGGUGGCGGAGAUCGCCGGAAAAGAGGCGGCGAUGUUUGUUCCGUCGGGGACAAUGGGGAAUCUGAUAAGUGUGUUAGUCCAUUGUGAUGAGAGAGGGAGUGAAGUGAUUCUUGGAGAUGACUCUCACAUCCACAUCUACGAAAACGGCGGCAUUUCAAGCCUCGGUGGAGUACAUCCUAGGACGGUGAAGAACGAAGAAGACGGGACGAUGGAGAUUGGUUCUCUUGAAGCUGCUGUGAGGAGUCCUAAAGGAGAUCUUCAUUAUCCGGUUACUAAGCUUAUAUGUCUUGAGAACACUCAAGCAAAUUGUGGAGGUAGAUGCUUGCCUAUAGAGUAUAUUGACAAAGUUGGAGAAUUGGCCAAGAAACAUGGCUUGAAGCUUCACAUCGAUGGAGCUCGGAUCUUCAACGCUUCUAUUGCACUCCAAGUACCGGUGAAGAGGAUUGUUCAAGCCGCAGAUUCAGUCUCGAUUUGUUUGUCGAAAGGUGUAGGUGCACCGGUCGGUUCGGUCAUCGUGGGAAGCCAAAGGUUCAUCAAUAAAGCAAGGUGGUUAAGGAAAACAUUAGGCGGAGGAAUGAGACAGAUCGGUGUGCUCUGCGCCGCAGCAUUGGUGGCUCUCCAUGAAAACGUCGACAAGCUUGACAAUGACCACAAGAAAGCCAAGAUCUUGGCAGAAGGACUGAACCGGAUUGAGCGGUUAAUAGUGAAUGUUGGGGCAGUGGAAACGAACAUCAUAUACGUAGAUAUACCAAAAGAUCCAAAAUUUGGAGCAGAAGAUGCAUGCAAGAGUUUGGAAGUUCUCGGUGUGCUUGUCAUACCUCAAUCUACAUUCAGAAUCAGGAUUGUUCUACACCACCAAAUCUCAGAUAGCGACGUGGAAUAUGUACUCUCUUGUUUUGAGCUCGAUGCCAGAAGAGAAAGUUUGAUCAGUGUCAGUCCAGCGUUUUAG